AUGGGUAACGUCUUUACUCGCGAAACUCCCCAACCUCAGCCCCACAUACCUGCAACUGUGAUACAACUACCACGGAAACAAUGUCGGUUCUUUGCCAAGGGUCGUUGCAGAAAGGGAGAUGCAUGCACCUUCUUACAUGAGAAAACGAAUGGAAAAGAAGAAGCCACAGCGUCAAGGGAUGACGAGACCAUAGACGAUUCAACUCGAGAAUUUGGAGGAGCCUGGGUUGAGUUUGGGGAUGGAGCAACCACUCAUCAAGUCUCCCUGCCCUCUGACUUUUCUGCCAUCCGCAUCGGUAACCUGCCGAGUGAUUGCUCAGCCAAAUCCGUCUCAAGUUUGCUCUCGGAUGUAGGCCUGACCAUAUCGCAACACGACGUGCGCCUCACGAAACACACCGAUCCUACAAAAUGUACCGCCGUGGUUAAAGUCAAAGACCCGUCCUUCUCGAGGGAGGCUUGCAGAAAGCUAGGCACCUGCAUCACACUGCGAGACCUCGAGGUAGCUAUUAUGCCCGUUCCGCUGCCAAGGGGGUCUCAAUUUCGUCAAGUUGAUUGCAGGCAGGUGCAGUGUUCGUGGCAUCGACCAAACCGAGCAGUGCAUCUCUUCUUCGGGAGUAAGCAUAUCGCUUCCAGGCUUCAUCAGAAGCUUCGUACUGGGAAAGUGAAAGUGAAUGCAUCGCAAGUCAAGGCUUAUCCGCCCGUCCCUCAAAAGACCCACGACAGUGAAACGAGCUGGAUGGUCAAGCUAACGGGCCUGCCUAAUACUGCCAAGGAGGAAGACAUCAUGCAGGCCAUUCCUAAGCUGGACAGGCCUCGCCGAGUUGAAAUGGGAGAAAUGAGUUAUGUCGCUGACAUGGAGAUUGAUUCGACCUUGAUCCAGUCAAUGCUUUAUGAAUUUGGGCCGCUGGAGAGAUGGGAAGUUUCUGACACAUCAAAAGGGGCGCGAGUCAAGGCCCAGGCGACUUUCCUGGAAGAGUCUCAAGCCCACCAUGCUGCAUCAGCCCUUGAUGGAAAGCCGUUGCCGUUCUGUGACUCGAGCAAACUUUUUGUCGAGGUCAUCACCUCAGUGAGGUUCAAAGUGUCGACACGCGUAUAUGAUGUGAUUCAGCAGCGAAUCAACGCUCAAAAGAGCUCUUGGGAUCGUCAGUAUAUCCAUUUCUUCGCCUUUCCUUCACGUGGCUUCUAUCGCGUCCUUAAGCUCGAAGGUAGGGACCGUGAGUCAGUUGCGAAGGCAAAGCAGGACCUCGAUAUCAUCCUUACCGGAGAUGUGAUGAGGCUAGAUGACAAGGCUGUCUUAUACCCAGGAUCCACGAUCAGUAGAGAAUUUUACAAAAGACUCAAGAUGGUUGAGGAGGAGUUGGGCGUCGUUAUCAUUCGUGACGCGCGGACUUCCCAAUUUCGUGUCUUUGGUCCUGAAGCACAUCAGGCCUUGGCAACAGAAGCUUUGGAUCGUCUCAUCAAAGAAAUGAUUUCAACUCUUCAUUUUAUUCCACUCAGCCAGGACAACGAUUUUCGAUGGGCUAUGAACGGGGGGUUCAAAGCACUCAGGGCGCAGCUUGGAGGCGACAAGGCCGCGCUUGACGAAGAGUCAAGAUGCAUUAUAAUCCGGGGAUCUGACAGUGACUUUGCCAAAGCCAAAUUCAUCGUGGCCUCUAAGCAAAAACAAAUCUCAGGGGAACACCGAGGGAAAGACACGGAAUGCUCGAUAUGUUUAUGCGAAGCCGAUGAGCCGAUCCACACUUCUUGCAAUCAUAUCUACUGCGGUCAAUGCUUCAUCGACAUGUGUCAAGCACAAGCCUCGGGCCCAGCGCAAUUUUGCAUCACUUGCAAUGGAAACUUAGGCCAGUGCGAUCACAUCUUUGAGCUUGCUGAAAUCCGCAAUCUUCUUUUAUCAGAGACAUUCGAGGACAUCCUUGAAGCAUCUUUUCGGUCUUUUGUUCAACGUCACCCAGACCAACUCCGAUAUUGCCCUACUCUUGAUUGCUCUCAGAUCUACCGUGUUGCCUCCAAGACGGGGAAACAACCGGCAACUUUUACCUGUGACAAGUGCCUGGCCUCAAUUUGUGCAGCCUGCCACACCUCUCAUCCUGGCGUCACCUGUGCGCAGCAUCAAGGAGAUUCUUCUGGCGACCUCCAGGCCCUAAACAAGGUAAAGAAGGAGUUAGGUAUUCAAGACUGCCCUAGAUGCGAAACUUCCAUGGAGAAGACUGAAGGCUGCAAUCAUAUGACUUGCCAAGGAUGCAAAUGUCAUAUUUGCUGGGUAUGCCUAGCUACGUUUGACGAAGGCUCGGUCUGCUAUGGGCACAUGAGGAGGCUACACGGAAACAUCGGCAAUUAA